UCUCCGCCUUGUUCCUUUUGCCUUCUGAAAAGUGCAGCCACUCUCCAAAGGAAUUUCCACGGUCUUGGAAGGGGAUGAUUCCCCAGUAAUCUUCCCUGCCUCGACCCCAGGUGCUGCUCUGCCUCCCUCCCUUCCUCCCUCCCAGGGAAGACUGUUUCUUGUCUGACUGCUGCCAUCGAAAGAGACUCCGAUGGACUUACACCGGGCAGCCUUCAAGAUGGAGAACUCAUCCUACCUUCCCAACCCGUUGGCAUCCCCAGCCCUGAUGGUCCUGGCAUCAACAGCGGAGGCCAGUCGGGAUGCCUCCAUCCCUUGCCAGCAGCCCCGACCCUUUGGGGUUCCUGUCUCCGUAGACAAGGAUGUGCAUAUCCCCUUCACCAAUGGCUCCUACACUUUUGCCUCCAUGUACCACAGGCAAAGUGGGGUGCCUGGCACCUUUGCCAACCGAGACUUCCCCCCUUCCUUGCUGCACCUCCACCCCCAGUUUGCACCCCCCAACCUAGACUGUAGCCCCAUCAGCAUGCUGAACCACAGUGGCGUAGGGGCUUUCCGUCCCUUUGCCUCCACUGAGGACCGAGAGAGCUACCAGUCGGCCUUCACGCCUGCCAAGCGACUCAAGAACUGCCAUGAUACGGAGUCGCCCCACCUGCGUUUCUCUGACGCAGAUGGCAAAGAGUAUGACUUUGGGGCCCAGUUGCCCUCGGGCUCCCCCAGCUCCCUCAAGGUGGAUGACACUGGCAAGAAGAUCUUUGCUGUUUCUGGCCUCAUUUCUGACCGGGAGACUUCAUCCAGCCCAGAGGACAGAAAUGACAGAUGUAAGAAGAAGGCGGCAGUGGCUGCAGCGGCGGCGGCAGCGGCGGCGGCGGCCCUAUUUGACAGCCAGGCCCCCACCUGCCCCAUCUGCCAAGUGUUGCUCCGACCUGGGGAACUACAAGAGCACAUGGAACAAGAACUGGAGAAACUCACCCAGCUGCCCAGCAGCAAGAAUGCCCUCCUGAAGGAUGCCAUGGCCCCAGGCACUCCCAAGUCCAUCUUGUUAUCAGCCUCAAUCAAGCGAGAAGGGGAUUCGCCUACAGCCUCUCCACAUUCCUCAGAUGACCUGCACCACUCUGACAGAUAUCAGACCUUCCUGAGAGUGAGAGCCAACCGGCAGACCCGGCUGAAUGCUCGAAUUGGGAAGAUGAAGCGUCGGAAGCAGGAUGAAGGCCAGAGGGAAGGCUCCUGUGUGGCCGAGGAUGACUCGGUGGACAUCGAGACUGAGAACAGCACCCGUUUUGAAGAGUAUGAGUGGUGUGGGCAGAAGAGGAUACGCGCCACCACCCUUCUGGAGGGAGGCUUCCGAGGCUCUGGCUUCAUCAUGUGCAGUGGCAAGGAGAAUCCGGACAGUGAUGCUGACCUGGAUGUGGAUGGCGAUGAUACCCUGGAAUAUGGGAAACCCCAGUACACCGAGGCCGACAUCAUCCCAUGCACUGGUGAGGAGCCGGGUGAAGCCAAAGAGCGAGAGGCCCUCCGGGGAGCUGUACUAAAUGGCGGCACACCCAGCACUCGGAUAACGCCAGAAUUCUCUAAAUGGGCCAGUGAUGAGAUGCCCUCCACGAGUAAUGGUGAGAGCAGUAAGCAGGAGGUGGCCAUGCAGAAGACAUGCAAGAACAGCGACAUUGAAAAGAUCACAGAGGACUCAGCUGUGACCACUUUUGAAGCCCUGAAGGCCCGUGUGCGGGAGCUAGAGCGGCAGCUGUCCCGUGGGGAUCGAUACAAAUGUCUCAUCUGCAUGGACUCCUACACGAUGCCUCUGACGUCCAUCCAGUGCUGGCACGUGCACUGUGAGGAGUGUUGGCUCCGGACCCUGGGAGCCAAGAAGCUGUGCCCCCAGUGUAACACCAUCACAGCCCCCGGGGACCUGCGGCGCAUCUACUUGUGAACACCAGGACCAGGCGUGAGCCCGCCCCCAGCCCUGCUCACCCGCCACCCGCAGAGACAGACACAUGUGUACACCGGCGUGCACACAGGACUCUGGAGCCAGAGUGGAGGGUGUGGAGCAGCCCUGCCCCCCUCCCGCCCCGCCCUGGCCGUCUGUGUCCCCCCUCGUGCCCCUGAGUGUCUGCAGCGGGCGGGCGGAGCGCCGGCUCCGGGCAGACACCCCGCCGGACCUGCACACGGGCCAGACAAGCACAUGUAACAUAGACCCUGUAUGUUUACAAUGUCGUGUAGAGACGGGACGGACCUGCCCGGCCUGGCCCGGCCCGGCCCCGCCCCGCCCCGGGUUCUGCGUUUCCUCCUCCUUCGAGGAGGCGGGAGUAGAGGCCCAGCCCCGGGGAGCCCCGGCCCCUCCCCACACGGUCCCCUGUGUCUGCCAGCGGUGGUUUCAUGUUCAGUGGUGUAUAGUUCUUCACGCGGCCCGGGGCCGGCGCGGCAGGAGCGGCUCGGCUCCAUCUGCCCUGGGCGCCAGGGCUGCUUGUAAGGAAGGAGUGGGAGUCCCUUCCGGGGCAGUGACCCUCCAGAGGGGAGGGCCGCCCCCGCCCUGGCCCUGGCCCGCCAGCCCCUGCCUGCCGGCCGCCGCGGACGCUGUGCUGUGAUGCUGUGUCUGUAUAUCCUCUACCAAGGUACUUGUCCUUCCUGUUUGUAAACUACAUUUGACAUGAAUUAAACCAGUGUAAGCCCA